GCUAUCACUAAUGCGCAAGCGUUGCUAAGAUGUUUUUUUGUUUAAUAGAUUUUUGUAGAUAUGAGGGGCUUGGAAAAUCAAGUUAAUCAGGCUAUGGAACUAAGAGUUGGGAAUAAGUACCGGCUUGGGAGGAAAAUUGGCAGUGGAUCGUUUGGGGAUAUUUAUCUUGGAACCAACAUAACAACGGGUGAAGAAGUUGCCAUCAAGCUGGAGUGUAUCAAAACCAAACAUCCACAGCUACAUAUUGAAAGCAAGUUUUACAAAAUGAUGCAAGGAGGAGAUAAUAUGUGUAGAAGUACCUAUUUCAAGUCAUUCAUAUUAAACUUCCGACUAACAUUUUUUGGUGUCGAGUUGUGGAAAACCGUAUGUAAAAUAACCCAUUGUUUUGCUGAUAAAAGUAUAUUUCUGCCAACAACAUUUUUUUAUCAGAUCAGCAGAAUUGAGUACAUCCACAGUAAAAACUUCAUCCAUAGGGACAUUAAACCUGACAACUUCUUGAUGGGCUUAGGAAAGAAAGGAAACCUAGUGUAUAUUAUAGACUUUGGCUUAGCCAAGAAGUACAGGGAUUCUCGUACUCACCAGCACAUACCAUACAGGGAAAAUAAGAACCUCACUGGAACUGCUCGAUAUGCCAGCAUAAACACACAUUUAGGAAUAGGUAAGUAAGUUAAGACAUUAAUAAGGUCAUCACCAGCACAUACCAUACAGGGAAAAUAAGAACCUCAUUGGAACUGCUCGAUAUGCCAGCAUAAACACACAUUUAGGAAUAGGUAAGUAAGUUAAGACAUUAAUAAGAUUAUCACCAGCACAUACCAUACAGGGAAAAUAAGAACCUCAUUGGAACUGCUCGAUAUUCCAGUAUAAACACACAUUUAGGAAUAGGUAAGUAAGUUAAGACAUUAAUAAGAUCAACACCAGCACAUACCAUACAGGGAAAAUUAGAACCUCACUGGAAUUGCCCGAUAUGCCAACAUAAACACACAUUUAGGAAUAUAUAAGUAAGUUAAGACAUUAAUAAGAUUAUCACCAGCACAAACCAUACAGGGAAAAUUAGAACCUCACUGGAAUUGCCCAAUAUGCCAGCAUAAACACACACUUAGGAAUAGGUAAGUAAGUUAAGACAUUAAUAAGAUCAUCACCAGCACAUACUGUACAGGGAAAAUAAGAACCUCACUGGAAUUGCCCAAUAUGCCAGCAUAAACACACAUUUAGGAAUAGGUAAGUAAGUUAAGACAUUAAUAAGAUCAACUUUAUUAUGCUUUACAGUUAAAUCUGUUUGUUUUUCUACAUAUUCCAAUAACAUGUUGAAAUGUUUUUUACUUUCAGAUGUAAUCAGAAGCUUGUCUAUGAUUCAAAGAAUUAUUGUUUAUUGAUUUGUUGGCUCUGAAUAGGAAACUGUUUUCAUUAUUAGCAUGAAAAUACAGUUCAAGUUUGCUCCUUUUUAGAUGUGUAAGAAAAUGUAUAUCCAUUGCCUUUUACCCCUUAGUAACAGUCAGUAUAGAACAAUCCAUCAAUUCAACUAAUAAUGCAUUCAUCUAACUUCAUCCCAUCAUAUGUAAAGAAUAUAUCUUAACAUUAUUGUAUCAUUAUUUAUAAAGAGCUAACAUGUGCAUUGUUGUGAUCUAGCUUUGUUCUAUCAUUAUUUAUAAAGAGCUAACAUGUAAAUUGUUGUGAUGUAGUUUUGUUUUGUCAUUAUUACAUCUUUCAGCAUGGGUUCGGUCCUUGGCACGGACUUCGUAAGCAUUUUGUGCUUGUUAUAGUUUUCAUGCUAUAACUUUUAAAUUAGUAAGUAAAUGUUAACAAAAUUUGGCACAUUAUCAGU